CCCAACAUGGAAACGGCAAUAGAAAGUGCGUAUUCGUAUGCUUGCCGCCCGCUAAGAGAAUCGCGCCUUCCUGUUUUAUUUCCUCACAUCCGAUUAGAUCUCUCUGUGAGACCAACACCACAAACAUGCAAACUUGAUUCGUCUCACAAAUCAACUUGUCAAAAUGGCCGAGUCACCAUCAACGCCUGAGUCCAAUGCCACGUCUUUCGGUUCAGAUUAUGCUGAGAUUAUUAUAUUACGCCAUGGUGAAACUCUGUGGAAUGUUGAUGGAAGAAUUCAGGGACAUGUUGAUGUUGAAUUGAAUGAGGCUGGGAGACAGCAAGCAGCUUUGGUGGCUAAUCGACUUUCCAGAGAGCCUAAUAUCUCAGCUAUAUAUUCUUCUGACUUGAAGCGAGCACUUGAAACAGCAGAGACUAUUGCUGCAAGAUGCGGCGGUCUACAGGUCAUUAAAGACACAGACUUACGGGAGAGACACUUAGGAGAUCUUCAAGGCCUUGUAUUUAGUGAAGCUGCCAAAAUUAAUCCUGAGGCUUUCCGGGCUCUUUUAUCCCACAAAACUAGUCAAGAUAUCCCAGGUGGUGGAGAGAGUCUGGAUCAACUUUAUCAACGUUGUACAUCUUGUUUGCAAAGAAUUGCUAGGAAGCAUAUAGGAGAGCGAGUGAUUGUGGUUACUCAUGGGGGGGUCAUUAGUACUUUGUACGAAAAUGCUCGCCCCAAUAACAAGGCUCCAAGAAAGGUAUUGAACACAUCUAUUCAUAUUUUCCUCAUACCUGAUGAGAAAAAUUGGACCAUAAAAACUUGGGGUGAUGUUAGUCAUCUUAACCAAACAGAAUAUCUGGAAUCUGGUUUUGGUGGAGACAGAAUUUCUGGCUAGUUUGUUCUUGUUGUGAAAACAACAACUGAAAUUGGAAAAAUAUUGGGAGGAAAAAUUGCUAUUAUAUAAGGGAUUUCUCUAUUAUUCUUUCAUCCUGUAUGACCUCCAAUUGGUUGUCCUUUGUGUCAAUUGAAACUGCAGUACUUUUAUGGCCUUAUUAAAAUGUGAAGAAUCAUUUAUUUGGGAUGAUGUAAUAGAAAUUAGAUUUAUACAAUUUGUACAUAUUUAUUUUCGUUAGUCAUGUCAUUUCCUUGAAA